AUGACUUCUCUGACUGUGCGCUUCCUCACCCGGCGCUUCAUCGGGGAGUACGGAGACAUGGAAUUCAUCUACAGCCACAGCCUGACUGUGGAUGGCCGAGAGAUUCUCUUCCACAUCUGGGACGUCCCCAGUUCGCAGGAGCAGGCAGAGGAGGGCUCCUCGGAGGAGAAGCGAAUCCAGUGGGCAGACGGCUUUGUCCUGGUCUACAGCAUCUGCGACCGCGCCAGCUUCAAUGUCCUGCCCCUCAAGAUCCAGUUCAUCAAGGCGGCCAAGGAGGGGCAGAGCCAGGAGAAGGUGCCCAUCGUCAUCGUGGGCAACAAACGGGACCUGCACCACCGGCGGGCAGUCUCCAGCGAGGAGGGGCGGCUCCUGGCCCUCUCGUCGGACUGCGGUUUCUACGAGGUCUCUGCAGCCGAGGCUUAUCACGGGGCCCUCACGGUCUUCCAUGGACUGGCCAAGCGCAUCCCUGACACCAAACUGGCGCUGAAAAAGGGCACGGGGAUCCGUGGCAUCGUCAAGACCGUGUCGGCUGUGUUUGCCCGUAAGCGAACGGACUCCCUCUGA